CGCGGACGCUGCCAACGCCGCGUGUUUUCGAUCUUUCGUUUUCGCCUUGGCAAUAAUUGGUUGAUGCUCAUCCAUUAAGUGAAACUGAUUUUAAAAUGAUCACUGAAGAAGACUUCAUAGUCAGGUUUUUCCAGGAUGCAGUGAUCAGGGGAAAGCUGAGCAGUUGCCAGUCGGCACCGCGGCGGAAGGACGAUUCUCUGGCAGUGUCUCACCGGGAGCGGGGGAACGCCAGUUUCCGCUCCGGCCGGUUCGCGGCGGCGCUGCAGCAGUACGGCGAGGCGGCUCUGAAUGCCGACAGCGCCGAGACGCUGAGUGGUGCGCUGGCCAACCGUUCGGCAGCUCUCCACCGCCUGCAGCGACACCAGGACAGCCUCGAUGACAUCGCACACGCGCUCGAAUCCGGCUACCCGGCGGACCGACACCACAAGCUGCACGUGCGGCGCGCCCGCUGCCUGCUAGCGCUGGGGAGGCUGGAGCAGUCCCGUGCCGCCCUGGCCCAAUACCUGUCAGCUCUGGACAGCCUACGCCUGGGACCGUCCGCCAGAGAGAAGCUGACCGCGGAGGCGGACGCUCUAUCGGCGGACAUUGACCGGGCGGCGACCGGGGGCGGUCCGGACCGGUGUGUCGAGACCGGGGAGGACGAGAGCUCCACACCGCAGCCGGCGCUGGAGGGCGGCAACGGGCCGCUGGCCGGCGCCUCCAGCUGCCUGCAGCUCAGGCAGAGCGAGCGGAAGGGGCGGCACGUGGUGACAACUCGGCCUGUGGCCAAGGGUGCCGUGCUGUUUGCCGAGGAGCCGUACGUGUGUGUCCUGCUGCCGGAGCGGCGGCUGGACCACUGCCACCACUGCCUCCGACACACGCACGCUCUGCUACCAUGCGCACGAUGCCCGGACGUGGGUUUCUGCAGCGCCGCAUGCCGGGACGCCGCCUGCGCCGUGUACCACGCGGCCGAGUGCGGCCACACCGCCUUUCUGGAAGCGUUCGGUAUCGGACGGGCGGCCGUGCGCGUGCUGCUGACUGCCGGCUGGCAGCGGGUGCGGGCGCUGCGGACGCAGCUGGCAGCUGUCGGCAGCAGCUGCCGGGCUGACAGCUGCAGCUGCCACCGGCCCGAGGGGGACCGGUACCUGGCGGUGUUCCACCUGGUGCAUCACCUGGCCGAGAGUCACACAGAGGACGCCUACCAUUACGGACGGGCAGCUGCUACUCUGGCCGUGUUCCUGGCGGAGCGGACGGCGUUUUUCGGCGCUGACGCCGGGUCGGCCGGUCCGCCGGACUGGGCGCUGCGCUGGACGGCGGCGCUGCUGCUGCGACACAUCCUGCAGCUGGUGUGUAACGCGCACGCGCCCACCAAACUGGUGCCGCUGCCCAGCGAUGGUGAUGGUGACGGAGGGGUGGUGCAGCUCUCUGAACAGCGCAUCGCCACGGCCAUCUACCCGUCGGCCAGCUAUAUGAACCACAGCUGCGACCCGAGCAUCAUCAACAGUUUCUGGGGUAACACCCUGAUCGUGCGCAGCAUCAAGUCGCUCUCAGCUGGCGCCGAGGUGUACCACUGUUACGGACCCCACUAUGCGCGCGGUGCGCCGGCGGAGCGGCGCCGACAGUUGCUGGAGCAGUACCACUUUAUCUGCGACUGCGAGCACUGCACGCGGCCCGAGCUGGCGCACCACCUGGAGCGGCUGAACGCCCUCCGGUGUGUGGACUGCGGCGGAGCGACCCUGCCUGUUGGUGAGGCGAGUGUGGAGCGGCGCUGCUGCCUAGAGUGCCGCCGCACACACUGCUACAGCGACCGGCAGCAGCGGCUGCAGCGGAUCGAGGCUGAGGCUGAGCAAGUGGCGAGUGCCGGCGGAGGCUCCGGCGAUCGCCAGGUGGUCUGCAGACUGGACGAACUUCUGAGGGAGGCGACAGUCCUGUCCCAGCCCAGCCACGAGACGCUGUAUAUCCUGCACGACCUGCGUGCCAAUAUCUGCACCAGAAUCGGUGAUCCCACGCGGGCUCUGGAGAGUCUGCGGCCAAACCUGGCCAGCGCAGAGGCGCGAUACGGCGCCGACAGUGUCGAACUAGGGAACCUGCUCCUGACUACCACCGACGUCCUGGUGCUGGCUGUCCGCGAGGCCCGGACUAAAGAGACGCGCAGAGAGCUGUCUGACGAGCUGCGGAGACUCGCCGAGAACGGACUGGCCAUUUUCACCAUCCACUACGGCGAGUGGAGCCCCGCCUACCGGGACCUGCGCCGCAAACUGGCAGAGGUCCGCCGGGAGCAGCCCACCUGAGCCCAGGUAACGGGCAGACAGCCCUCCCUCCGCGCUGCUCGGGCCGAACAUAUCCGGCCGAGAAAUCGGCCAGGCUGGGUCGGAUCGGACUCCGACGAGGCCAGACCUGACCUGACAGUUGACACGCUUCAUUUAAUCCACCGAUUGUACUCGCACCGAGUCCUUACUCUGCUUCGGGUCAUACCUGCCAGCAAGGAACAGCCCAUCGCAUGGCGCAGGCAAUUCGUCAUCUCGCGAUACUUUGUGUCUUUCUUUGGAACUUUUGGAGUAUGUUUUGAAUGUCCGGCGCACACCUUUAUCUUCGGGACGCCGUGGGUCCAUUGAACAUACGGCUGUCAAUCGUUGCUGACCGGCAGUCGUGUCACGUUGAAGGGGUUAAAGGCACCGUGAUAUGACAUUGACCAAGCCUUGACCGUGACACGCUGGUGAUGUGAUCUCGAAAUUACCUGCUGGUUACACUUGUGGCGACACAACAGACGACACCUUUCAACUAAUUGAUGCACUCACCGACCGUCAGCACUGCAAUUGGAUAAUAUCUAAGCCAAAAUACUGCGUAUAUAAAGGGCUUUGGGGUGUCACCACGCGGCAGUUUCGCCUCCCUGGCGACCUCGCCGCUCUUUUCAUUGAAUGGCAGCCCACAGUGCCCCAGCACUCACUACAGGUAAACGGCUCAAGUAGGCGCGCUGACGCGGUGUAGAGCGCUUCGCAUCAACACACACUCAUUUUCUUUUUCAAAUGCUUCAGUCUCCUUCUCGAUUGAUCUCGGCUGGCUCUGGGAGUGUGUGUGGCUCACGCAGUUUGUUCGUGUGAUUCGUGGUCAUUCACUAAGAGCCUGCGUAUCUAAUCAAAUCGUUUCAUCAACUGGAGGACCAAAAGAGUUCUUUGAUGAAUGUCUAUUUCUUGAUUAUUCGUCACACAAUGCACGUCAAUCGUAUCGUACGACGCCGGGGCCGUUGCGCCGUCGGAGCCGCGCCUCCGUCGUCGUUUCGCCACGAAGUGCCGAGCCGGCCGGCGGCGGCCGGCCCGGCGCGUUGGGGCCGGUCAGCACACAUAUGUGCUCCAGAUGACCCCGCGGGCCCCAGAGAACCACGUGGACGGCUCGGCUCGGCUAUGCCCGCCGCGCGCUGCCGUCGCUCCACGGCAUGGUGCGUUUUCUCUCGAACACACUUUCUCUUUGUUUUUCCUUUGUGAGUGAGCGUGAUGUCUCGCAUCUUGGCAGCACUCAGGUUCUUCCGAAACCGAAAUUGCCUGUUCCACUGACAGGCUGUGCUUGUAGCUGAAGUUUGUUGAGACCCAGCAACACAGCCACCUGUGCCUUGAAGAGCACUGCUGUGGCUGUCUCGGCCUGUCGUCGGUAUUGUAAAUUCCCUCGUACUGUUGGAUGAACGGAUGUAUUCACGCUGGGCUGAACAGUUUCGCGCGUGUCCGCCGCGGUCCGUCGUCGGUGCCGAACUGCUCUGGCGUGCGCGCCCUCUAGCUGCCGAGAUACAUCACACCUUAAUUAUGGCAGUGUCGAUCUCACGAUACCACCAUGAACGGCGUGAGCGACGACAAAUCAUACACAAGGCGCGCGGUAUUCUCACUCUUGGGCACCG